CCGUUCAGCUUUGGCGAGCGUGGGAUGCUAUAAAAAAGCAACCCAAACUUAAAUAGUAUAAGUUUCCUCUGAGAAAAUCGAAAACAAAACAAAAAUAAAAGUGAAGCCGGUGCGCGCUGCCUGAUACCAUGUGCAUGCCCAUACGUGAUCACACAUGCAGCUUUUCAAACAGUAAUAACGGACACAGUUGCCAGAUGCAUUCCAGCAACCCAAAGAAGAGAAAGCGUCCUUGCGACGACGACUGCUACACCAAGCCCGCCGCAUCACACGGUUUCAUAUCCGUGAUAGGGAGGCGACGCGCGAUGGAGGACGCGGUCAAGGUGGUUCCAGGUUUGGUGGCGGCGGAACAACGCUGUGGCAGUUACGAUUUCUUCGCUGUUUACGACGGCCACGGAGGGACCUUGGUGGCAAACGCUUGCCGCGACAGGCUGCACUUGUUGCUGGCGGAGGAAGUUAGGGAGAGCGCAGGAGGCAGAGGCUUGGAUUGGUGCCAGGUCAUGUGUUCGUGUUUCAUGAAGAUGGACAAGGAAAUUGGAGUUGGUGAGGAGCAAGAUGGCGGCGGCGGAAACACCAUGGGUUCGACGGCGGCCGUGGUGGUGGUCGGAAAGGAGGAGAUUGUGGUGGCCAAUUGUGGUGACUCGAGGGCGGUGUUGUGCCGUGGCGGUGUAGCUGUGCCACUUUCACGUGACCAUAAGCCUGAUCGUCCAGACGAAAAAGAGAGGAUAGAAGCGGCAGGUGGGAGAGUCAUUAAUUGGAACGGAAAUCGUGUUUUGGGAGUACUUGCUACUUCCAGAUCCAUAGGGGAUCACUGCAUGAAGCCUUUUGUGAUUUCAGAACCAGAGACGAAGGUGUACGCACGAACAGAGGCAGAUGAGUUUGUGGUGGUGGCGAGUGACGGGCUGUGGGAUGUAGUGUCUAACAAGUAUGUUUGUGAGGUUGUACGAGGUUGCCUCCAUGGGAAAAUGAGGAGGAAAUUAAAAGAGGAGCCCAUUAUAAGCUAUGCAACAGAAGCUGCAGCGUUGUUGGCUGAGUUGGCUAUGGCUCGUGGAAGCAAAGACAACAUCAGUGUCAUAGUCAUCCCACUCAACACUACUACAACUUGAUCGUUCCCCAUAUUCAAGCUAUCGCUCACUUUAUUUUAUUUGCUUCUUUCCUCCUUUCUUUUGUUUCCAAUUUCAUUCUCUCUUCUAACUUUUCACGUCUAAUUUUUCUAAGUUGUCUUGUAUUGUUAGGAUGGGUAUAUUUAUCUGAAAGCAUUUAGCUUCAAUAUCCGUAAGGACGUAUAUAGUGCUAGUAGGAUUAAUUACAACGAUUACAAAAUUUUCCUA